AUGUAUGUGGCUGCGUUCCCUUGGAAAUACUUCACGAGUCUGACGUCUGACGAAGCAAAGUCUCCCUGGGCAAGUCUACGGCAGGAUGAGAUCAGUAGGGAGGAGAUAUUCCAGGAUGUAACUCGAUGCAUGCAGGACAACUACUUUUUCCGUGAACCCACCACCCAGAAGAGACUGCUCGACAUCCUCUUCAUCUACGCAAAGCUGAAUCCGGACAUCGGCUACCGACAGGGCAUGCAUGAACUGUUGGCGCCUAUCGUCUGGGUUGUCCAACAAGAUGCCGUGGAUCUAAGUGCCGUUCCAGAUGUCGACAAGAAUGCGGAAGGCAUGGACUUCAUGACCGAGGUGCUGGACGGCAAAUUCGUGGAGCACGACUCAUUCAGCCUGUUCUGCGCAUUGAUGCAAACAGCGAAGGCAUUCUACGAAGUUGGGGAAAACCGCGACGCGGCCCCCAUCAUCGCAAGAAGCAAAAGAAUCCACGACGACAUCCUGAGUGCCAUCGAUCCGGAACUGGCCCUCCACUUACAUGUGCUCGGCAUUCUUCCCCAGAUCUAUUCUAUCCGUUGGAUUCGGCUACUAUUUGGGCGGGAGUUCGACUUCAAGGACGUCCUCAGGGUAUGGGAUGUUCUAUUUGCCGAGAACUUGAGGUCUGACAUCGUCGAUCUCACCUGCGUUGCAAUGCUGUUGAGAUCUCGUUGGGCACUGAUCGAAGCAGACUACACCGCAGCUAUCACCGCACUGACUCAUUACUCUCUGCCCAACUCCACCGCAGACCCCCGGUCCCUGGUCAGAGAUGCUGUCUUUCUGGACAAGAACCGAGACAGCGAGGCUGGAGCAAUGAUAAUCCAGCGAUAUUCUGGCAGGUGGCCGAAGCGGACCGAAGCUCCGAGUAGUCGAAGUUCAUCGGCUAUGAGAGCAACUGGGGCCUCUCAGCAGCGGCAGUCACCAAGCGCAUCUCCAGGGCGGUUCGCCUCUCCACAGAGACAACUCGAGGGGCUGUUCCGAGAAGUUACAGGUAAUCUGCACAAACGCACCGAGGGGUGGGACGUUUCGAAGGCCGUUAGAAGCGCAGUUGGUGAAGUCCGACGUAAUAUGAACCACUACCAGUCAUCACACCCUCGACAUUCUAGCCUUGAUACACCUCCGUUGCUAGGUCCGGAGCGGAGAAAUCCAGAAGGGGAAGCUGAAGGCAUAGCGCAGAAUUUGAAACAAAAAGUGGAAUUAUUGCAGGAAAGGAAUGUGGUGCUGGGCAAAAUGCUGGAUGAUGCUUUGGAGUCGUUGAGAGCAAUCAAGUUGACAUCUCCUUCCGGAGCUGGAGAGGCAGAACAUGACCUCAAUGUCUGUCUCGCCAAGAUCCAAUUUGUCUCGGUCUAUCUGUCCAAUCCAGACAUUCCUAUCCCGAGGGAACAGCAGUUCCAGGAUGCAAAAAACUCGACCGACACAAGCUCUGCACCCGCCAGCAAGUCGGACAGAGUUAGCCCGACCAAAGCAGGCACUACACCUGUACCCACGUCAGACACGGCUGGUCAGGGAGAACAGGACAAAGACGAUGACACGAAACCCAAGCCACACUCCUCAGAGCCAGCCCAAGAUCCCCCGGGCGGAAAGGGGGAUGGUGGAGCUACAAACAAGGCGUUGUCACGGCCCUCGCUGAUGGAUUCAUCAUUUUCGUUUAUGCUUGGCGAAAAUCGACACCGGUCCAGCUUUGUUAGUUCUGUUGCCGACUUACCAGAGCAUAGAAGGGAAAGUGAGUCAAGGACUAGACCCAAGAAGAAGGCAGCCGAGCUCAAGACGCAGCAGGAGCGGGGGGACUCUGUGAGUGAGGACGAGGGCUUUACCUUGACCAAGAUCCAAGGCGGGCAAGGCUGA